ACUUUUAGAUUUACCUCUUUCCACUCUUCUCUCUGCUCUCCGCACUCUCUCCAUCUCCACAUAAGGCUUAGAGCUGUCACAAAUUUUGUACACAUUUUUCUUGACUUUAAAACGCAGAAGCAUAGAUGGGUACUUUCAUGGCUUUUACAAGAUCUCUUGGUCACCACUACAUUAAAAAGUCGAAAUCCCAUAACUUUUCUCAGUUGUUCGAUUUGAGCAAACUGAUAGGUCCUUCUGAGAUUUCCAAUCCUAAUUUCGAUGGCAGUUUUCAUCAAUUACAGAGCCGUAAAACGCUCAUCUUGGAGCCCGCUUCUUCUGAAUCAGUCAAGCUGCAAAGGCUUUCCGAUUCUGAUCCCGGAAUUGUUGAGGUGAAUUUGGAUAGGCCGGGAGCGAAAAAUGCCAUCGGGAAGGAAAUGCUGAGAGGAUUACGGGCAACUUUUGAAACAAUCAGUAGGGAUGACUCUGCUAAUGUUGUUAUGAUAUGCAGCUCGGUUCCCAAAGUGUUCUGUGCAGGAGCUGAUCUGAAGGAGCGUAAGACAAUGACUCCAUCUGAAGUGCAAUUUUUUGUCAACACACUGCGAUCCACAUUCUCACUUAUAGAGGAACUUUGUAUUCCUACAAUUGCUGUUAUUGAAGGAACAGCCUUGGGUGGUGGACUUGAAAUGGCUUUAUCAUGUGAUCUUCGGAUAUGUGAAGAGGAUGCAGUAUUGGGCUUGCCAGAAACAGGACUUGCUAUAAUUCCUGGGGCAGGUGGGACACAAAGACUUCCUAGAUUGGUAGGAAAAUCAGUGGCAAAGGAACUUAUAUUUACUGGUCGGAAGAUUGGUGGCAGGGAGGCCAUGUCAAUUGGCCUUGUGAAUUACUCUGUGCCUGCUGGUGAAGCUCGUUUAAAGGCACUUGAAGUUGCUCGGGAAAUUAAUCAGAAGGGUCCUAUAGCAAUAAGACUGGCAAAAAAGGCUAUUAAUGAGGGGCUAGGGAUAGAUUUGGCAUCUGCUUUGGAAUUGGAAGAAGAGUGUUAUGAACAGCUGUUGAACACAAAAGAUCGCUUGGAAGGUUUGGCAGCAUUUGCUGAAAAGCGGAAACCAAGGUAUACUGGAGAGUAAACAGGACAAAAUGAUACAAAGCAAUUUCUUGACAAAGUUGCAGAAAAGCAGAAGCCAAGGUACCAAUUGAAAUAAAACAAUUACAAUUUGAAACUAAAGAACUAAAAUUAUUGAUGCUCAUGAGCAAUGACAAUGUAUAUGUUAUUGUAUUGUAAUUCAUCUUUUAUAUCAUAAUAAAUUUGGUGGUGGUGGUUGGAAUCUUUUCA